GUCUGUCUGUCUGUCUGUCUCUCUCUCUCUCUCUUCUUUGUGUAUGUGUGUGCGCGAGAGUGCGUGCGCCGCCUUCGCGAUCGCAAAGAGACAGACACACCGGCGAGUUUUCGACCGUGUAUCUGCGAACGAGGACGGACGAGAAUCGCGACCGAUCGACCGAACGACUGAUCGAUUCUUCUCUCUUUUCACGAUUUACAUGGUGAAUCUGCUACGAGAGGAGGAACGGACGGAAGCGAACAGAACAUUCGGAAGGGCAGCUAACUCGGUUUCGUAGAGUACGCGCGUCAAGCGCGAGAAAAGAAAGAGACAGAAAAAAAGAAAGAUAUAGUAGAAUAUCAUCCAGAGAGGGAUCAGAAGGUGGACGUCGCGGCGCCGACGUCGAGAGGAUACGUGGACGGUUUUACCGGGUGGAAACAACCGCGAUUCGUCGACAGAGAGAAGAGGAGGUAAUAGGAUCGUCCGCCACCAAGGUCUACCUUGCCGGCUGAGAGAGAGAGAAAAAGAGAGAAAAGGAGAGAGAGAGAGAGAGAGGAAACGAGACAGAGAGAGAAAGAGAGAGAGAGAGCAAGAGUGAGUGAGCGAACGAACCUGGUACACACGUACUCCGACUCCAACUUUGCCGUUGACUCGCGGUCGGUAAAGCAUCGGGACGACGGUGGCGGUGAUCCAGCGAGACACUAGCGUUCGCGAACGAGCGCGGCGGUUGGCAGUCGCGGCUUUCUGGUGGACGUGAUAAGGACGAACGGUGCGAUCCGGCGAGCAAAGCGGUCGACCGUGCGAGAACGAGUUGCGGGAGAAAGAAAGAAAGAAGGAAAGAAACGAAGAACCGAUCAGCGAUAUCCAGCGAAGAGGACAGUAGUAUUUGUGAAGAAUUUGAUAUUACAUCCGGUGCUACAGUGUGCUAUGAUCUUGCUAUGAUCUUGCUAUAGGAUCUAGAGAACCGAAAGAAAUUUAAGAGAGAAAACAAGAGAGGAGGUGAAGAAUAAAGAAGAACCGAAAUCCGUGCGACGAAGAAAGCCACAAGGUAGAGGACGAGUUCUUGGUCAGCAACUUUGGCGGUGGAUUUAAUCGUGGUCGAUAGCGCGGGGAAAGCAAGAGGAAGCCAAAAGGAAGAAAGGAAAUAACCGAGUGUCCUUGAUGGGUCAUCCGGCACUACAUGAUCGAGCUGUAUCGCGACCGACAUUAGCUCACCAUCGUCACAUCGGGGGAGAUUAGAGGCGACCCACGUUUUACUCGCUCCGUUCGGACAACGCGACGAAGCGGCGGGACGAAGCGAAGAGAGGAUCUACUUGCUGAUCAGCGCGAACCCGGGCGAUAAGCAGAGCUCGGCCGUCUCGAGUUGAGUUGAACCGCUGACUCGGCGAACACGGGAGCUGGCUGUUUAAACGCUAUUAGUGCCCGCGAUCAUUUCAAUUAUCCGCGAAUAAUUUUCACGUUUGCGUGCAACGAUCGUGUACGAUCGUCCGCUGUUUGACCCGGUCGCUAUCCUCACACUACCUGGUGCAUCGAUUUCCUUAACGGAAACGAGGACGAGACUCGCCGAUUUUCACGUGUACACUGUCGACGAUUCUCUGAGAAGAUAACCAAAAUCCUGGAUCCUAACGAGUGAACGAUAAUGAACUACGAUUCUUUGAAAAUCGAUGAGAUCGAGCACGCCGUAGAUUCGCUUGGAGUCUCGAUGGCUUGAUCCACCAAUAUUAAUCGUUACGAGGAUAAUCCGGCGGUAUCGUUUCGAUUGAUUCGUCUAGGACGAUUUCCAAGAUAAUCCCGGACGAUAUCGACUUUCUUCCUCCGGCAUCAUCCGGAAUUUAACACCCGAUCGCGCUCUCGACAAGCCACGAAGAUUAUCGCCUGUACGCUCGCACUCGCGCGGGGCUACGCUUGAAAAUCGCUCGGUGUCGUUGCUUGACAAAACCGGUUUCGUUCGGCUCGGCGAGUCUCGGCGUUUAUACAAAGGUCGUGUGUGAGAGCGCGCUGAGCGCGCGACCACGAGAGAGUGGUAGGAGUGAGAUUUAUGGAAAACGAAUUUACACGAGGUCACACCUACGGGAGCGGCUGUCUAUCUCUCUUUCUCCUUUUUUGUAUCUUUGUCUUUCUUACUCGUCCGUCUCCUUGUAACUCGUUCUCUCUCUCUCUCUUUCACUUCUCUCCCCCGUUUUCCUUUGUUCAUCUAUAAUUUUAUCCGCACGUUAGCUCUGUUAAUAAUAAUUACGGAAUUUGUGCGAAUAGCGAAGAUCACCGGUCAGACGUCGACCACGUUGAAGAAUCUUUGAAGAAUCGAAAUCACGAUCGAUGAGAGAAUGAUAUUGCUCCGAUAUCAAUUGGCCGGAUAAAUAUGCCAUAUUUGCAACGGCCUUGAAGAAUUUCUUCGCGUCGUCGAAGAAUUAAAGGCGGACAGAGAUAAUGAAGUGUUCGAUGACAAAGUCCAGAAGAUUUAGUAAAAGGAUGAGCCAACAAAAGUGAAGAUACUCAGGUCUUUAGAAUACCUAAGAUCAGAAUUAAUUUAUCAGGAAAUUUAUGAUAAGAAGAAUUUUAUGCCGUCAAAUCAUAUUCUACAAUUAAUACGAGAAUUAGCUAGUAAAAUAAAUUUUUGAUUGCACACUACGUGAAAUCAGUUGAAUAAUUAUAACGGAAUAAACUCAAACAUUUUUAGAAAGAGAGGAAAAGUAAGACAUAUUUGAACAUUUAUGUGAUCAGUGCAUUAUAUUUAAUCAUAAUUAAACGUGUGUUGAAGAUUCAAGCGUUUCCGUUUUCAAGUGUCGCGAUCGAUCGAGUGCGUAAUCACUGAAUAGAGAAUCUCGAAAACUUGGGAAAAUGUCAGGGGACCUAAGUAGCCCGCGGAAGGAGCAGGACUCCUGGUCGCCUGGGUCGAGUAGCAACGCGUUAAUUGCGAGAACAUCGACAUUGUCGAGAAAAACUUAGCCGUCUUAUCGCUCGCUUGAUGAUCGGCUACGGUGACGAUGAAACGUGUGACGAGCGCAUCCGUUGCGGCCGCUACGGCCGCCGCAACCCAGGUGCAUCAUCAGGCCAGGAUCCAGGAGUUGUUUGCUCCCGGGCCGGCGACGACGACGACAAGUAUGAAUACGGCGAUGUACGUCGGCGACUCCUACGCUGACGAGCAGGAUAAGCAACUUACGAUACCCUCCUGGCUUGAGCCGAAGGGCUCGCCGAAGAUCAGCCCCGGAACGAACGACGACAGCAAGGCUAAGUCUACGGCGAUGUCGCGACUAUUAGCCGUCGAUUCCGAUAACUACAUGCUGCGCAAGGGCGCCGCGGCGGCGACAACACCGGUGACACACGGCGCCGCGGCGCCGUCGUCCACCGCCUCCUCGUCGUCGCAGUCAUCGUCGUCAUUGAACGGUUCCACGAGCGUGCAACUGCAACGGCAGAUGCAGAGUCUCGCCAUCGGAUCGGCCACCGCGCCGUCGAUCCUGGCGACGUAUGGCAACAACGGCGAUCACGUCAAUGUCAACGUCGGUCAGCUGUACGAUGUCACGCGUACGACAUCGAGAUCGACGGCGCCGUACACGUCGCCCAGAUGGUACGCCGCCGGUAAUAGUAACCAGGUGACGAGGCAGCAUCGAGAGGGAACGUUGGCGGCAGCGCAGCUCGAGGAACAAUCUCUGCAGCAACAGCAGUUGCAGCUGCAAUCGCGUACGACGACGACGACGACGCGCGGCGACGCGUCGACGCCCGCGACGUCGGCGGAGGGUGUCGAGAGCGAGCUCGGUUUUACAAAGUUGGUGUGCGCGAGACUGGUGUCCUUUCAUCGGUACAUGUGUUGGUGCGGCGCGCAGCCUGCCGUGACGGAGGCCGCCGAUGCGAACUCGGUCGGCGAUCGCGCGAAGGGCGGCAAGAGCGCGGCUACCCCUUACGAAGGGUUAGCCGCGAGACGAACGGUGCGCGACGAUAGUUGUAGUAAUAGUAGUCUAUGCUGCUGCAUGUGCGGUUCUCUAUGUCCCGCAGAGUGCCACGCGUGCUUCCACAUCGUGUGUUCGGACUACAGCGGCCAGCACCUGUGCCAAUGGACUACCAAGGGUCACGCGCUACCCGGCCAGGUUCACGACAAGGACAAGCCCGUCAGUGAGUGGACAUCAUUAAACGUAGUUGAAUGGAUGUCAGCCCUAAAUCUGUACCGCUAUGCGGACGUGUUCAAGUCGAAGGACAUCAAAGGCAGCGAUCUGCUUCAUCUGGAUCGGGAGAAGCUCAUGAAUAUGGGCAUAAAAGAUGAAUUCCAUCAAAGGAAUAUUUUGGUCUGCAUCGAGGAACUCUGCCAACCGUCGCCGCCAUCCUCGGUGGCGACGGAGACGACGGGCUCCCCGGCUCUCAGCACAACGAUGCCGACGUCCGGUGUCGCCCCGGAAUCGGGCUGCUCGCUCGGAGUCAACUAUCCGGGCAACAACGUGGUCAAUAACGCGCACAAUCUCAGGCCGCACAGCUUCAGCGUCUUGGAGAAGUGCGGCAAAUGCCAUAAAUACCUUAGGGGCCUCUUACAUCAAGGCUUUCUCUGCCAAGAUUGCGGGUUGGUCGCUCACAGGACGUGUUCAGUGACGGGUUUGCCUUCCAAUUGCAUAUCGGUCGACACGGACAAUCGUAUCAGCAGGUUUACUUCAGUAUUCGGUCUCGCGCUGUGCUCGCAAUUCGACACCGCCAGCCAUGCGGCGCCGAUCCUGGUGGAGCGGUGCACCCACGCCCUCGAGCAGCAGGCGUUCGCCGACACAACGCUGGACCUCUACAAAGUUUAUCACAGCAGUCCGCCUAAUGAGCAGACCCUCGAGCUGCGACAAAAGCUGAACGAAGAUGUCUAUAAUGCGGAUUUAAAUCCGUACACCCCGCAGUGUAUUGCGAGUGUCUUGAAGAAGUUCCUGCGGGAAUUGCCGGAUCCGGUGAUCCCUGUACAAUGGUACGAUAGAUUCCUAGAGGCGUCAAGUAUGAGAAGUGACGAGCAAUGCGCGACGCGCCUCAAUCAAUUAGUAUCCGAGCUACCGGAACAUCAUCGUAGCACAUUAUGCCAUUUGAUGGCGCACUUUUGUCGCAUCUGUCAGUUGCAGCACGGAAGGGGCUACACGGAACCGCCAACCAUCCUCGUGCAAGUGCUCUGCCACAUAUUUCUCAGGCCGCCCUGGGAGCGAAUCAUCCAAGUUGUCCACAACACGGAGGCACAUAUACGCAUAAUGGAAUUGCUGUUGUUGCAUGGCGAUUGGAACGAGAAGCUACCGGAGUUUGCCAGUCCCCCUCAAUUGCCCCCGCGUAAAGUUUCGAGACCGCAGUUUCCAAUUUUGGACCAACUCUCGAUUCUAGAAGGCGAUGCCGUAGACAGAACGGCACCUGGCGCAGAUACUGGCAAGGACCAACAACCACACAGGCCGCGCACGCUUCAAGAGGCCGAAUGGUAUUGGGGUGACAUCACGAGGGAUGAUGUGAACGAGAUGAUGAUUGAUUCACCGGACGGCACCUUUCUGGUACGCAAUGCGUCUUCCAAGUGCGGCGAGUAUACUCUGACACUACGUAAGGGCGGGACCAACAAACUUAUUAAGAUCAGCCAUCGAAAUGGGAAAUAUGGAUUCUCGGAUCCUUAUAAUUUCCAUUCGGUCAUCGAGCUGGUCGACUAUUAUAGGAACUGCUCGCUCGCACAGUACAACUCCGUGCUGGAUAUUAAGCUACUCUACCCUGUAUCGCGAUUUCAGCAGGAAGAUGAAAUCGCGAAUACGACCGACAUGGCAAAAGUCCUGCAAAAAUUUCUUGAAUUGGAGAAAGAAGUAAAUGACGGUAUCCGGCAGUACCACCAUUGUUGGGACUUAUACACCAGAACAGCCAAUGAAGUUGGGCUAAAGAUUCAGGCGUUGGAAGCCUUUGAGGAAGCCAUCAAGAUGUUUGAAGAACAGAUAAAGUUACAAGAGAGAUUCCAGAAGGAGGCUCAGCCUCACGAGAUUUCCACUUUAAUGGAUAAUUCGGAGUUGCUGAAACGAAGACUAAAGGCCUUAAAAGACAGCAGAGAUCAAUUACAGGAGAGCACGAACCAACAAGUUGCCUACAACAGAACCCUUGAAAGAGAAACGUGCAGGUUGAAGUCGGAAACUGGACAACUCGCGCGGCAAAGGGAUCGCUAUGCUUUAUGGUUAAAGAAAAACGGGAUGAAACAGAACAAGAUGGACUUUGCGGUCCAUUCUGACGAAAAAACGUGGCUCUACCUACAGGGUUCUCGUCCCGAUGCUGAUCAUAUUCUGAAGGGCCGACCCGACGGUACUUUCCUUGUUCGUCGAUCAAGAACGGGCCAGUACGCGCUCUCCAUAGUGUGCAAUGGCACGGUGCAACACUGCAUAAUAUACGGCACUGAGCGUGGCUAUGGUUUUGCCGAGCCUUAUAACAUUCACGAGAGCCUGAAACAUCUGGUGCUGCACUAUGCCCAGAACUCCUUAGAGGAGCACAACGAGUGCCUAACCACCACCUUGGCCUAUCCGGCGUUUGCGCCACCCGCGGCGCUCGCGCAACUACAAUCCCAACAGAAGCAAUUGCAGAUUUACACCCAAAACCAAACGCCGUUUGCGCGAUUAUCCCACGAGAAUCAGCUUCUCAUGCCGCAUACGUAAUAUUUGCAUGCUGAUUAGCAUCGCGAUCAGGAUCCGAUCGAGUUCGAGUAUGUUCACGCAGAUGUGAAUUCUGCUAC